GCAUCAGUCAUCUGUUUGCAUUUCUCGGACCAACAUCGUCCAAAAAGCCCCUAGAACGUGAUCGUGAGUCCGCGCUCCGACAAACAAAUCCGUUUGCAGCCCCGUUUUUUCAAACGAACGCAAGUUCCGUGAGUGUGCGUGUGUGUGCGCCGUUGAAGAUCCUGUGAGGAUGAGAGGCUUCGUACUGUUGAGCUGUUGUUUGGCUCUGGCUUCCGCCCGACCGGAAGCGGGAUACUCAUACAAUCGUCCCUCGGGAGGAUCUCACUCGGGAGGCGGUGGCGGCGGUGGCUACUCGUCCGGUGGCCACGGAGGCGGCGGUGGCGGUGGCGGCCACGGCGGAGGCUCGUUCAGCUCCGGCGGUGGUAGCAGCGGAUUCUCGUCCUUCGGCGGAAGCGGCUUUGGAGGUUCCUCCUCGUUCAGCUCCGGCGGUGCUAGCAGCUUCGGCGGAGGCUCCAGCAGUUUCGGCGGUGGCAGCAGCUUCGGCGGCGGCUCCAGCAGCUUCGGCGGUGGCUCCAGCAGCUUCGGUGGCUUCUCCGGCGGUUCCCAGCAGGCCAUCAUCCAGAAGCACAUCUACGUGCACGUUCCGCCACCAGAGCCGGAGGAGGUCCGCAUCCAGCGCCCACUCCAGGUAGCCCCGGCCCAGAAGCACUACAAGAUCAUCUUCAUUAAGGCCCCGUCGGCACCGGCCUACCAGGCACCGCAGAUCCCCAUCCAGCCCCAGAACGAAGAGAAGACCCUCGUUUACGUGCUGGUCAAGAAGCCCGACGAACAGCAGGACAUCGUCAUCCCGACCCCGGCCCCCACUCAGCCCAGCAAGCCAGAGGUCUACUUCAUCAAGUACAAGACCCAGAAGGAGGGUGGCGCCGGAGGAUUCGUCGGAAGCGUCGGAGGUGGCUUCAGUGACGCUAUCGGAGGCGGUGGUGGUGCUAUUGGCGGCCAUGACAGCGGCUCUGGCGAUCUCAGCGGAGGACACGGUGCCACCGCUCCAGCUGCCCAGUACGGACCCCCCGGAAAGUCCGGCCCAUACUAAGCGGCGCCCGGCCAUUCCAUCGAACGAACAAACGAACCGAUUCCGCGGACCACGUAGCUAGUCGAAAAACAAACACAAACACACAUUCAAACAAAAACACAUCCAAGCGGAGUCUAGCUCACGCACACAAUCACAAACCAAUCACGUUGUUAUUGUUGAACGCUCCCAUUCUUUGCCGCUGGAGGUUCCGAUUUGGCGAUGAACUCCUCUGAUCCGGAGCCGAGUGCAAAUCGGAACGCCAAGGCCUCUGUUGUACAUAGGAUUUCUACUUCACGAAAAUUUCUUAGGACGUAGGAAUUAUUUUUACAACUCUACUUAUUACGAUAAUUAAUUAUAAUCUUGUUUAAUGUUGUUCUUAGAAAAGAUAUGCAAAUUAAAACGGUGACAAAUUUUUUAGAAAAAAAA